UCAAUUGCAAGCAUUAAAAAUAAAAGGGAAUGCAUUUGCAAUGGAAAAAAAAUGCGAACAAACAGAAUGCAUUGAAGAAAUGGCAUCGUUUGCCGAUUAUUCGACUUCGAAUUCAUAAAAUUGAAGAGAAUAUUUUGAAUGGUGACAAUUUUGGUGACAGUAUCGACGCACUUCAACGCAUUGAUAAUGUUCGAGAUUCAGCUACUGAGAUUUUAAAAAUUCUUCAAGAAGUGUACAAUUAUUACAAACAAAUGGACGAUGAACUGUCUGAGAGUUACAAUAUCUUGACAGAUAUUGAAGAGAAGCUUAAUGCGAAACGUGAAAAGGAAGGAAAGGUUCGACGUUCUAAGUGUUUUUUGUUUUUCUGUUAUUAA